AACAUAUCAUUUUAAUUAUUAUUAUUUUUUUUUAAAUACUUAUUUAUUUAAAGCAUUUUAUUUUUUUUUAUAUACAUUUAUUAAAAUUUGAAUAAAUUACUUAUAUGGUUAUCAUGGAUCAAAAAUCAAAUGAACAUAUUCUACUGACUAUACAGGACAUAGACAAAACUAUUUUAAAGAUAACAGAGUCUAUACAAGUUCUUCGAAAUGCUGAAAACAUAUUAAGUCUGAAAGAAAAUAAAACUCCGGACGAGGUAACGACACUUCAGGACUUAAAAAAAACAAUUGGUCUAAAACUGAAAGAAUUAGACAAACAAUUUGAUCUUUCCAAUCAAUUGAAAAUGACUGUGGUGGAUCAGACUUACAAAUUGAUGAAUAUAAAUUAUGGUGGCGCCGUAGAUCAACUGAAUCCGGGAUGUCAAGACCUAAUACCAACUUCCACUCAAAAUCCAAACUGUGAAUUGGUAGGAGAGAUAAUUAAUUUUAACCACGACGCUUUGAUGGAAACACUACCUCAUAAUAUUAUGACAAGCUUUAAGGAUACCGUUUGUCAAAGUUGUUGUUCAAUUCAAGAAUGUGGUUCUAAUUGUGAUUCUAGCUGUUCUAGUGUUUCUUCUAAUGCCACAAAUAUAAAUACGCUAGAGACUCAAUGUUCAGAUAGUUUUAACAACUCACAAGAAAUUUGUCAACUAAAAGAACAUCUUCAAAAUAUCGUCAAUGAAAACCAAGAACUUCUUUUUAAAUACAAAUCUAUAACCGAACGUAACGAUGUAUUGGAAAAAGCUUUGAACCGUCCUGACGUAUUUAAAAAAAUAGAUGGAUGUAUAAGAUUUCCUGGAAGGAAAGAGAUGGAGGAAAAAAUUUCAGAAUUUAAAACUGAAAUAUUACGAUUGAAUUCCGAGAUUAAAGAAGUACACAUUACUCAAUUAAAAUUAAAAUCAGUCAAAGAAAUACUUGACCAAUUUAAUGCCACUAACUGUCAAUCAGGAAGUUCUUCAUCUAAUGACAAUAUUAAUACAAGUAUUAAAGUCCAAAAACAAGAAAUACGACAAAUUGAAUUACAGAUAAAAGAAAAGACUAAUGAGUUAAAUAAUAUUGUAUUUUAUUAUGAAGAUAUCAUCCAGACGAUUUAUAAUAUUACUGAUACGCGUAAUAAAUUAGCUGAUGGUCUAGUAGAAUUAUCGAAGAAGAUAGAAGAGUCCGAUUUGGAUGGUUUUAAAGAUUUGAUAAAUGGUUUAAACAAAAACAACGAAGAUAUCGAGACAAUGGAAUUGAUCAUCAAAGAGCGUAGUAAUGAAAUUAAUGAUUGCAAUGAAAAGUUAAGACGAGUACAACUUGAAACUCAAGAUAUUACUCAAAAAACACAAAAGUUAGAAGAUGCAAUGAAAAAUUUAUCAAAUGAUUUCAAUGAAUCGUAUAAUAAAUUAGAAUUAGUGUAUAAAGAACAGUUAGAGGAAAUGCUGGCACUGCCGAAAGUUUUGAAAGAAACACACAUUAAGCUACAAGAAGAGACUGACCUUAGAGUAUUGGCAGAAGAAACAAUGCAUAAGCUUGAACGCGAUAUCAAACAGGUGGAAAGUUUGAAUGAUGCAAAUAAAAACGAUGAUAAGACAAUGAAUCAAGCAAUUAAAGACGAACAAUUAAAAAUCGAAGCCGAAAUUAAAGUUAUUGAAUCUAAAUUAAAAUCUCUUGAAGAAAACAUCGAGAUAGCUGCAAAAUGCUUAGAUAAAGAAACUCAGGAAUUAAAUGCAGUAAAUCUUCAAAUUCAGGAUGCUACUGCAGAAAGUACAAAACACAUAAACGCAUUCAAACAAUUUUCUGAAAUACAUUUAAAAAGAAUAGUUGACGACUUACAUAGAUUGAAAGAAAUUUAUGUAGAAUCACAAAGCAGAGAGUGUUCAAAAUUUCUCGUUAAAAAAUCGUUUAUGGAUCUUCUUAAAGACAAUAUAACAUCGAUUUAUAAGAACGUGGAGAUAUGUAAAAUAGAAAUUCGUAUUCUUUUGGAACAGUUAAAUGAACCAUAACAUGUCACCAUGACCUUCAUAUUGAGAAAGUUGGGAAAAUAUUUUAGUCCGUUUUCGAUGAAGUUAAAAUAGUUUUUGUGAAAAAUUAAAAGAGCAAUAGUAUUUAGUAA